CAGCCAUCAGAGAAGACUAAGAUGUUAAACGGUCAAAGUUAUUCAUUCUUUGCAAUGCAGUUGGUCACUGAUCACAGGCUGUGCAAGGAGCGACUGAAGCAAUUCGACUACGCCAACUCUUGUCCGGAGCUUAUCACAGAGCAUUUCCGCUCCGUGCUGUGCGCAUCGGAUAUCCGUUACGGACCGGAUCAUCCAGAGUCAGUGCAAGGCACGAUGGGGCACGGUGUCAUCAUUGAAGACCCGUUUUCGUGUGAUUAUGGAUACAACAUCCAUAUCGGCGACAACGUUAUGAUCGGUUCUAAUUGUACCAUACUUGAUGCAUGCAAGGUCUGUAUCGGAAAUGACACUGUCAUCGGCCCGAAUGUGACAUUGGCUGGGUAUCUUUUAUCGGAUUCUCCUCAGCGCCGGCGAGGGUUUCAGAGUAAGGCCCAAGGAGGAGAAAUCAACAUCGAGGAAAAUUGCGCAAUCGGAGCGAAUGUCACAGUGUUGCCUGGAGUGAGAAUUGGUAUGGGUGCAAUGAUUCGGCCGGGGUCAAUAAUUGACAAAGUAAGGUGCAUCCGGCUUCUUAGUCUAAAUCUAAUGAAGAUAGGAUAUACCGCCAUGUAUCCGAUAGUGAUCGAACGAGGGCUAUCUGACUUUGAAGAGCUGUAG